AACUAAACUGCAAACAAUUUGUUUGUAGUUGAAGCUGAUAUUUUUUCAAAUUGAUUAGACAAAAGUGUGAUGUUAUCUUGUCAGUUAAUAAAAAGAAUAUGAAACAUUUGUUGGUUUUAUAUAAUAUGUUGUUUAGUGCAUCGUUGUAUGCCAGCAUAGAAGGACGUUUGGACACUGAAAAAAAAAGAUCUUUAUUAAAAUGAUGCUCUCAGCACAAGUGAUUUGUUUCAUAGUUGUGCUACCGGUGGCUCUGAGCAAUGGAAUGAGCAAAGAAUUUGAGUCAAUAUUUGAAAGCACAAAACCGACAGUAUCUGCAGAUGUACAAGGUAUAGCUGCUCAACAGGUGAUCAAUAGAACCGUACCAUUACAUGCGCAUCUAUUUGAAGUGACAAUUGUCAGCGACUUACCAUUGCACACAUUUCAAUUGAUCAAGGCCAACGGCGAUGAUAUUGUGCAAAUUAGAGCCACAUCUGGUGUGAUUGCGUGUAAAGGAUUUUAUCAUUAUUUGAAAUUUUACUGUAAUAGUCAUGUGUCUUGGGAUGGAUAUCGAAUCGAUAUACCGGACGAAUUGCCCGAUGUUAAUGUAACAGAAACAUCGAUGAGUCGCUUUAUUUACUACCAGAAUGUAUGCACAUGGUCCUAUAGUUUUGCUUGGUGGCAAUGGAAAGAUUGGGUUAAACAUAUCGAUUGGAUGGCUAUGCAGGGCAUAUCGCUGGUAUUGGCGCCGACACAAGAAAAGGUUUGGACCAAUGUUUACGGCGAAUUGGGCAUGACAAAAGAUGAGAUUGAUGAUCAUUUAGCUGGUCCUGCAUUUUUUGCUUGGCAACGUAUGGGCAAUAUCCGAGGUUUUGGUGGUCCGCUAUCCAAAAAUUUUAAACUUUGGUCAUCGGCGUUACAAAAGCAAAUGAUUUCAUCGCUCCAAAAUCUGGGUAUUGCUGUUGCACUUCCGGCAUUCAGCGGUCAUAUACCACAAGCUUUCAAACGAAUUUUCCCAAAUGCAACAUAUACAUCUAUGCCGAUAUGGGAUCGAUUUCCAACGGAAUUUUGCUGCCCAUUAUUCAUCGAUCCGGUAGAUCCACUUUUUAAAAAAGUCGGAAAAUUAUUUUUGACUAAAGUAAUUGAAGAGUAUGGCAAUGGAAAUCACAUUUAUUUUGCCGAUCCAUUUAACGAAAUGAACCCUUCAAAUCAAACUGUCGAAUACAUUUCAAAAGUGUCGAAUACAAUUUAUAUGACGAUGAAAGAAGUUGAUCCAAAUGCAAUUUGGCUACUACAAGGCUGGUUCUUUCUGAAUCCAAUGUGGAAUAGCAAUCUUGUAAAGGCAUUUUUGACAUCGGUUCCGAUUGGAAGAAUACUUGUUCUCGAUCUUCAUGCUGACAUCCAUCCACUGUGGCAAACCACGAUGUCAUUCUAUGGUCAACCAUUUAUUUGGUGUAUGUUACACAAUUUCGGUGGAACGCUCGGAAUGCAAGGCAACUUCAAUAUUAUCAAUCAGGAAAUUGUAAAAGCAAGAAAAUUCCAUAAUUCAUCAAUGAUUGGAGUUGGAAUUACCCCAGAAGGAAUAAAUCAAAAUUAUGUUAUGUAUGAUUUUGCUUUGGAUCGAGCGUGGUACCAAGACUCGACAAACGUUUCGAAAUGGCUCGACGAAUACACUUUCAAUCGGUAUGGCUUAAAAAAUGAUAACAUUCAAAACGCAUGGAGUAUACUCAAGGAUACCGUGUAUUCAUACGAUGGGCCUUCACACCAUGGAAAAUAUAUAGUUUGUCGUCGACCAUCGAUAAUUUAUACACCCUGGACGUGGUACAAUUUAACAUUAAUUGACGAUGUUCUCGAUGAAUUGUUGAAGACUCCAGAGGAUUUAAUUAUUGACAAUGAACUAUUUAAACAUGAUCUCGUAGAUAUAACACGACAAUUUCUACAGAAUAAAAUUGAACUGUUAUACUCUGAAAUAAAAACAGCGUUUAGAUCCAAAGAUCUAAAGGCAUUGGAAAGAGUUCAAUAUAUAUUCGAGUCGAUAUUACUGGAUUUAGAUAAGAUUUUGCAAACAAAUGAACAUUUCUUACUUGGAAAAUGGAUCGCCAGCGCUAAAUCGCUGGCUACCAAUGAACUUGAAGAAAUUUUGUACGAAUACAAUGCUCGAAAUCAAAUCACUAUCUGGGGGCCCAAUGGACAAAUCGUCGAUUAUGCACAUAAACAAUGGGCCGGUAUUGUGCGAGACUAUUGUUUGCCACGAUGGCAGGUUUUAUUCUUUGAGCUCGGUGAAAGUAUCAAGAAAAAUAAUGGAAAAUUCAGUGACAGCAAGACCCGUCAAAAAAUUUUCAGACAAAUCGAAGAACCAUUCACAGUUUCUCGCAAAGAAUAUAAUACUGAUGUUGACGGAGACACUAUUCAAGUUUCACGUAAAAUUUUACAAAAAUGGCAUGUAGACAUUAUUGCGCUGAUUGAAAAUUAAUUUUUUUUUUGUAACUAUUCAAUUUUAAAUCUGACUGUUAUUCCGAAUAAAAACCGAUUGAGGACGAA